UAAUCGAUUACUCUGGGAUUGACUUCCCGCUGCCUACCGUUUGAUAUGGCGACGUCGAAGGAGGAGGCACGUGGCCUUUUCAGGCAGGGUGUGCAAGCGGUGUUGGACAGCUGGCCCGUGUUGCAGAUUGCAGUUGAAAAUGGCUUUGGAGGGGCAUAUAGCCAAGAGAAAGCUGAAUGGAUGGCGAGGGCUGUGGAACAAUACUUUGAAAGCAAUGCUGACCUUGAACCAGAGGAGAUGGAGGAUCUCCUUGCUGAAUUGAUGAACAAUGAAUUUAACACUAUAAUAGAAGAUGGAAGCUUGGCUCAGGUAAGCCAGCAGCUGUGCCUGUUCUUCAGACAGGGCUAUCAAGGAGAUGUUGCAGCAAUGCGUGAUGCCAUUAUCCAACUGGCCCAGAAGAAACAAGAGGCUAGGAGGGCAGUUGCCAAAUCUCAGCCAGCUGCAGAAAGCAGCAGUGAGGAAGAAGAAACCGAAGAAGAGGCCAUGGACUGCAGUGCUGGUUCCACCAUGAAUGGAUCACAAAGCAACCCUUCUCCGCUGUCAGGUACAACUACUGAAGAUGGUUGGACAUUGGUGAGGAAGAAAAAGAAAUGAAGAAAAAAAAUAUGAUGACAGACCUGAACAGAUACAGUAGUGAACUCUUACGCUGCCAAGGCUUGGACAUUUCUAUAGGAAGCAUGAUAGACUUCCGUAUAAGCCUGGGCACGUUGGAAGCACUUUGUUGACUGUACCUUCGCUCCUGACUUAACAGAGGCUGAAUGGAAUCCAGUUGGGUGGUAUAAAACCUUUUUAAUCUUUGAAGUUGCUUCCCCUUCAAGAAAUGGAGUAUAUUCUUUUGCCUCAGUGACCUUCCUGGGCUUUGAAAUAAACAUUGAACAACAAUGUAGGUUCUUUGACAGAGAAAGUCCUCCUGCUGUGCCCUGUUCAUCUGUCAUUUAGUUCAAGUCAUUGGAAAGGAGGUAACUAUUUCCUUUCCUUUCAGAAGACAAAAUCUAGCCACCCCCCACUGUACAAAGAAAGGACUGCAUCCACGCUUAUUGAAAGAAAAAGAAGAAUAUAACAGAAAAAAAUCCUGUAUUUAAAAAAAAAGAACAAUGAAAAUCAAAACACAACAAUGGAACAAAAAAGUAAAAUGGACAAUACACAAAUCAUGGUGGUAGGACACAGGAAGUUUUGGUCAAUAAAAGCUUCCCUUCCCUAACCUUUGCAGUGGCCAGCCACUAUACAAGAGCAACAAUAAAAUAUUAUUUUGGUAA